AUGAGCAACCAGGCACAGUUCUUGAAUCUUCCAGCACACGUUGUCUCUGAUAUUUUGUCCAGAUUACCGCCCAAGACUAUCAUCCAAUGCAAAUCUGUUUGCAAAUCAUGGCUGAGUCUGCUAUCUGAAUCUGAAUUCACUAAUUUACACCUGCUAAGAUCUCCUCCUUGCCUGAUCAUAAACAACCUCGAUUACCAUCCUUCAGAUUUGAAUUGCUUCAGUUUAGUUGAAUUCGAAGAUCAGCCUGAUCACCAUGAUUUUCAAUAUGUUGCAGGAACAAAAAUCAAGGCCCCAAAAGGGUGUGUCGUCGAAAAUGGUGCGACUGCUACCAUGGUUGGCUCCAUCAAUGGCUUAAUCUGCUUGAACGAAUUCGAUCAUAAACAUGAUGCUGUCUACUUGUGGAAUCCAAUCAUACGAGAAUCCAUCACUCUUCCGAUGCCAGAGGGGGUAAGAUCAUAUCCAAAUAUAGUAAGUUAUGGAUUCGGAUCAAGCUCUGAAACUAGAAAAUACAAGGUGGUUAGGAUUUUUCAAGAGCUAGAGAAGAAAACACGACGGAUAUUAAAGUCCAAUUGCGAUGUUUAUACACUAGGGGAAGAAACAGAAUCUUGGAGAAGAAUUGGGCAUGCCCCUUUCCUUUAUAAUAGUUGUCGCCCUCAUGGUGUUUUCCUGAAUGGUAAUCUUCAUUGGCUGAUUGGUGAUCAAGCUGGCUCUGAAUUGAUAUCCUGCUUUGAUCUUGAAACAGAGUUGUUUUCACCUUUCCCUGCUCCUCCAGAACUGAGCAAAGAUUUCAAUUUAGCUUGCUUGGGACUUUUUGCUGGCUGUCUGAGCUUGUGUGAUAACACUUCUGAUUAUGAGAUCGUCAUUUGGGUGAUGAAAGAAUACGGAAUCACCAAGCUCUGGACUAAAGAAAUUGUUAUAGACAAGGAGCCCGCUGAUCUUGUCGGGCCAUCUUUUGAAGUUGUUCGAGUUUUUAAAGUUUUUGAAGAUGGGAAUAUCUUGCUUUUGUGGAGGGAUGACAUUUUACUUUCUUAUGAUUCUCGGAGGCAAAUCUUGCAUCAGUCUGGCGUUCAUAAACUCAUCAAGAAAAUUGAUGAUCAGAUGAAUGAAGAUGGCUACCCUUGCAUAGAAGUAAUGGAAUACGUUCCAACCUUUCUUUCCCUCGAGAGUUUUGGGAUCCAGAUGAUGGAAAGCAUAAACUAG